AACAUCAUUCAACAUAUUUAAACUAAGCUUCAAACAAACAUUAGUUGUAGGCAAAUUUUAAUUCGACAAAAUCAAUAACUAAACAUCCAAGAACAAUGUUCUCGUUUGCCUUCUGGAAAAACGAGGCAAAGAAAGACCAGCAUGAAAAUGUCUCGCAAAUCUGGAAGGAAUUGAAUGUCACAUUUAUCACCUUCCUUCGCUGGAGCUGGUUAAUUUACACCAUUGCCGUCAUUGUCAUCUCAAUUUGUGGCUAUUUUGCCUACUGCGAAAGCUGUCGCAGAAAUGAAAUUGUUCAGCGUCGACGCAUCAUUCAGCGCGCUCAGCAGAGACCGCCGCAAAAGCGACGUCCGAAUGCCGCUUAUCGCGAUCAUCAGAUCUAUCGUUAUAUCAUCCUAGGUUUGGCCAAGUAUAUGAAGAAUCCAGACGGCGUGCGUCCAUUCAUCGAUUAUAUGGAUCAUCUGUAUCCGUUGCGGCACUCACAGGCUGAAAUGGCAUUGAAUAUUGGCCACAAUGGCGCGGAGGCAAACAUGGAAAAUUAGUUAUUCUUUUUAGUUUAUUUUUUUACCUAUUUUCGCUACCAUUUUUGUUUAAUUUAUGAAACUAAAAUACCUACAAUACCCUGUAAACUAAAUUCAACUUGCCACAACAUUCCUAAUCAAUGUCAAUAAUAUGAAAGAAAUAGUAAAUUAAUAGAUAGAAACAUAUAGAAACAUAUAGAA